AUGCAACUUCCACUACUGCCCUUCCAUACUGCCCUCCGGAUGGCCAAAGAUGGGAUGGAGAAGCCCGCGAACCCUGGAUUAUUGGCCGAGGACGAGGCCAUCACCCCUCGACGGUCGGCUGGCAGUCGCCAAGAAGGGCCGGAAGAGCCGGUCGCGGAGGGCGGGUUAGCGCUAGUAUCCAACUGCCAACUCUCACCGAUUUGUUACCGUAUGCCG